AUGCAUGCUUCACGACGCUUGCAACCCACCGAUACCGUGUACGCGUAUUCGCGAUAUCCGUUUGUAUCGCGAAAUCGGUGCAUCGACCUGAAUCCCAUCGAAAUGACGGAAAAUCUUUUCUUCGCUAUUUUCGGCCAAAAGGACACGGACGACUUCACGGUAUCGUUAAAACGAAAACUGCAACCGAGCUGGACAAUAUAUUUGUUUAAGGUAUCUUUUUCUCUCUACAUGUUGGUUAGCGUUAUAGUGCUGAUCAAUCUGUUGAUCGCGAUGAUGUCCGACACUUACCAAAAUAUCCAGUCCCAGAGCGAUAUCGAGUGGAAGUACGGGCUGAGUAAGCUCAUUCGCAAAAUGCAAAAAACAAAAACAGCGCCAUCGCCAUUGAACCUCUUCUCCUCCUGGAUCGCGUACGCUGUAAAACCCUGCAAAGCGCGGCAGGGCCACGAGCGCAAAACGGGUGUGAUGCGUCUAUUCGCGAGCCGCCCAUACCUUCAGGACAACGGAAUAUCGCAUCAGCAACGAGACGCCAUUAAUUUUCCAUUACUUCGACCAAGCCCGUUGGAAAGUCAAUUAUCUUUCAAAGACUCGUCGAAAAUAGAAAACGUCGUCGAAUGGGAUCUCGUGAGGCAAAAGUACAGAGUACAGUUCGGAGAUGAAACUGAAAAGCCUCCUUCAGAUGAUUCCUCUACAAUUAAUACAAACUUUUAA